AUGGAGUCAAGGCAGGAUAUGGAAACCGAUUUUAGGAGAAUGAGUCUAAAUACUUGUUGGCUUUGCAAGAUAUUCAGAGCAGAAGAAAAUGGGAUCAGUUCUAAGGUGUCUUUGGAGGAAGUGCUACAGUGGUCCCAGUCUUUUGAAAAUCUGCUAACAAGAAAAUAUGGGCCUAUGAUCUAUAAUACCUACUUGAAGACAGAACACACUGAUGAAAACAUAAAAUUCUGGCUUGCCUGUGAAGCUUAUAAGAAGAUAACAUCACACAGCAAAAGGAUUUCCAUGGCCAGGAAGCUCUUUACAAGUUACAUCCAACCCCAGGCUCCCAAUGAGACAAACAUUGACAGCCCUGCAAGGAAAGCAAUUAUAAGGAACAUUCAAGAGCCAACACAGUCCUACCUGUGGCAGAGAAUAAUCUACAGGUACUGGGAAAGAGAUUCCUACCCACGAUUUCCUGAGUUCUACCAAAACCUCAAACACAGUCUUCACACUAAUGGCAACAAUUCAAUAGGAAGUUGGAGAGAAUGGAUGAACACGCAAAAAGGUUUCUUCUGGCACACAAACAUUUAA